UGGCCCGCGCGACACGCGCCGGCCCGGACCUUAUGCGGUGACUCUCGCGGCGCAGGCGCCUCCUGCCCCGCCGGCGGGGCCUGGGUUUCCCGCGGCGGGAUGUUCUCCCGAAGGAGCCACGGGGAUGUAAAGAAGUCCACCCAGAAGGUGCUGGACCCGAAGAAGGACGUGCUGACCCGCCUGAAGCACCUGCGGGCGCUGCUGGAUAAUGUGGAUGCAAGUGAUCUUAAGCCGUUUUUUGAGACCAACUAUUCUCAGAUAUAUUUCAUCUUCUAUGAAAAUUUUAUAACACUGGAAAAUAGUUUGAAAUUAAAAGGGAAUAAUAAGUCACAAAGGGAGGAGCUGGACUCCAUCCUCUUUCUUUUUGAAAAAAUACUGCAGUUUCUACCUGAACGAAUUUUCUUUCGAUGGCAUUACCAGAGUAUAGGCUCAACUUUAAAGAAGCUUCUACACACUGGAAAUUCUAUUAAGAUAAGAUGUGAAGGGAUCAGGCUGUUUCUUCUGUGGCUUCAAGCCCUUCAGACAAACUGUGCAGAAGAACAGGUGCUGAUUUUUGCUUGCCUCGUGCCUGGUUUCCCAGCGAUCAUGUCCUCCAGAGGGCCCUGUACGCUGGAGACACUCAUCAGUCCCAGCCCUAGUGGAGCUGACGCAAAGAUAUAUCCAGAAGAAAUCACUCCACUGCUGCCAGCCAUAUCAGGGGAAAAGAUCACUGAGGACCAGACAUGCUUUUUUCUUCAAAUACUAUUGAAAUAUAUGGUUAUUCAGGCUGCAAGUUUGGAGUGGAAGAAUAAGGAGAAUCAAGAUACUGGUUUUAAAUUUCUUUUUACAUUGUUCCGAAAGUAUUAUCUUCCUCAUUUAUUUCCAUCAUUUACUAAGUUAACAAACAUCUACAAACCUGUGCUUGACAUACCCCAUUUGAGACCAAAGCCUGUGUACAUUACUACAACUCGAGACAAUGAAAACAUUUACAGUACAAAAAUUCCGUACAUGGCAGCUCGUGUUGUUUUUAUUAAGUGGAUUGUCACUUUCUUUUUGGAAAAAAAGUAUCUAACUGCAACACAAAACACUAAAAAUGGAGUUGAUGUGUUGCCCAAAAUCAUACAGACUGUUGGUGGUGGUGCAGGACAAGAUAGAGCACCAGAGAUGGAUGGUGGUGGGCCUGCAGAGCAGGACAGAAACCAUUCCAACAGCAGCACUUUGUCUGAUCGAAGACUCAGUAACUCCAGCCUUUGUAGCAUUGAAGAAGAGCACCGCACAGUGUAUGAGAUGGUGCAGCGGAUUCUCCUGUCAACGCGAGGCUAUGUCAACUUUGUGAAUGAGGUCUUCCGCCAGGCAUUUCUGUUGCCUUCCUGUGACAUAGCUGUAACAAGGAAGGUAGUUCAAGUAUAUCGAAAGUGGAUUCUUCAGGACAAACCUGUUUUCAUGGAAGAACCAGAUAAAAAGGAUGUUGCCCAAGAAGAUGCUGAGAAAUUAGGAUUUUUAGAGACUGACAGCAAAGAGACCUCGUCGGAAAGUUCCCGUCAUAAGCGCUCUUCCAGUUGGGGACGAACAUACUCCUUCACGAGUGCGGUGAGCAGAGGCUGUGUGACAGAAGAGGAAAAUAAGAAUGUAAAAGCCGGGGCCCAGGCUAUGCUUCAGGUAUUUUUGACAAAUGCUGCAAAUGUGUUUUUGCUGGAACCAUGUGCUGAGGUUCCCAUGCUCUUGAAAGAACAAGUUGAUGCUUGUAAAGCUGUUUUGAUUAUUUUUCGGCGCAUGAUAAUGGAGCUUACAAUGAAUAAAAAGACAUGGGAACAGAUGUUGCAAAUACUACUCAGAAUAACAGAAGCUGUCAUGCAGAAGCCAAAGGAUAAACAAAUAAAGGACUUGUUUGCCCAGAGCUUGGCAGGGUUACUGUUUAGGACGCUCAUGGUGGCAUGGAUCCGAGCAAACCUCUGUGUAUACAUUUCUCGAGAGCUCUGGGAUGACUUUCUUGGUGUGCUGUCCUCCCUCACGGAAUGGGAGGAGCUCAUAACUGAGUGGGCCAACAUUAUGGACUCCUUGACAGCAGUGCUCGCGAGAACCGUUUAUGGAGUUGAGAUGACAAACCUACCUCUGGAUAAAUUAAGUGAACAAAAGGAAAAGAAGCAGCGAGGCAAAGGCUGUGUUCUGGAUUCUCAGAAAGGAACCACUGUUGGGAGAUCCUUUUCUCUCAGCUGGCGGAGCCACCCAGAUGUGACUGAGCCAAUGAGAUCUAGGAGUGCCACCACAUCUGGGGCACCAGGAGUUGAGAAGGCAAGAAAUAUUGUUCGCCAAAAAGCAACUGAAGUAGAAGAAUGUCAGCAGUCAGAAAAUGCACCUGCCGUUGAAUCUGGCUGCUUGGGGCCAGAGCAGCACAUCAUUCGAAGUAGCAGCACACCUGAUGUCACUGAGCCGCUGCACCCAGAUUCCUCUCAGGGUCAAAAGGUAGAAAAUGUACAGACUUUGAGUUCUUCAGAAUCCAAGCCUGUUCAAGAAAAUAAAGGAUAUGUGAAGAAAGAACAUGAAGGAAUAACAAUCUUAGUUAGAAGAAGCAGCAGCCCUGCUGAAUUGGAUUUAAAAGAUGAUUUGCAGCAGACACAAGGAAAAUGUAAGGAAAGACAGAAGAGUGAAAGUGUCAGCAGUGACACAGCUCUGGGCUAUAACAAUGAGGCAGAGCUGUCCAUGAGCCCAUGGCCAACAUGUGAGGAAGACCCGGAACUGAGCACUCCCACAGAUGUUGUGACUGACUCCGAUGCCCGCCAUUGGUUACAACUGAGUCCUACCGAUGCUUCGAACUUAACAGAUAGCAGUGAGUGCCUUGCAGAUGACUGCAGUAUAAUUGCUGGAGGGAACCUCACCGGUUGGCACCCAGACUCUGCCGCUGUGCUAUGGCGAAGAGUCUUGGGAAUCCUCGGGGAUGUGAAUAAUAUCCAGUCACCCAAGAUUCAUGCCAAAGUUUUUGGCCAUCUCUAUGAACUCUGGUACAAGCUAGCAAAGAUACGGGAUAAUCUGGCAAUAAGCCUGGAUAACCAGUCUUCUCCGUCUCCACCAGUCCUGAUCCCACCACUCAGAAUGUUUGCAUCAUGGCUAUUUAAGGCGACGACGUUGCCAAAUGAAUAUAAGGAAGGCAAACUACAAGCCUACAGACUGAUUUGUGCCAUGAUGACCAGACGCCAGGACGUUCUGCCAAACAGGGACUUCCUGGUGCAUUUUUACCUGGUGAUGCACCUGGGAUUAACCAGCGAGGAUCAGGAUAUCUUAAAUACUAUUAUAAGGCACUGUCCUCCCCGCUUCUUCUCCCUGGGUUUGCCUGGCUUCUCAAUGCUGGUGGGAGACUUCAUCACGGCCGCUGCCAGGGUCCUCAGUACAGACACGCCGGCGGCACCUCAUUCAGAAGCUCUCACCAUUCUUGGUUCUCUUGUCUGCUUUCCAAAUACCUACCGGGAGAUCCCUUUGCUGCAGUCUGUGCCGGAAGUCAGUGAGGUCAUCACAGGAACCGAAGACGUUAAGCAUUACCUCAUAAAUAUUUUACUGAAGAAUGCCACAGAGGAACCAAAUGAAUGUGCAAGAUGCAUUGCCAUUUGCUCCCUGGGGGUCUGGAUAUGCGAAGAGCUUGCCCAGUGUACGAGCCAUCCUCAGCUGAAAGAGGCUGUCAAUGUGAUAGGCGUCACUUUGAAGUUUCCUAACAAAGUCGUGGCUCAGGUGGCCUGUGAUAUUCUUCAGUUGCUGGUUUCCUACUGGGAAAAGCUUCAGAUGUUUGAAAGCUCUCUGCCCCAGAAAAUUGCAGAAAUCCUUGUGGCCACAAUUGCUUUUCUUUUACCAAGUGCAGAGUACUCCUCAGUGGAAACAGAUAAGAAGUUUAUUGUAUCCUUGCUACUCUGCCUCCUGGACUGGUGCAUGGCGUUGCCGGUGAACACCCUUCUCCACCCAGUGUCCACAGUAGCCCUGGAGGAGCAGCACUCAUCCAGAGCCCCUUUGCUCGAUUAUAUCUAUAGGGUUCUGCACUGCUGUGUGUGUGGCUCAAGCACAUACACUCAACAGAGUCACUAUACACUGACGCUGGCCGACCUGUCCUCCCCGGAUUACGACCCCUUCCUGCCACUGGCAAAUGUGAAGAAUUCGGAGCCAGUCCAAUAUCAUUCAUCAGCAGAUUUGGGCAACCUGCUUACAGUGGAAGAGGAGCGGAAGAGGAGGAGUUUGGAGCUGAUCCCUCUGACUGCCCGCAUGGUGAUGGCCCACCUGGUGAACCACCUGGGACACUUCCCACUCCGUGGGGGUCCUGCAGUGCUGCACAGCCUGGUCAGUGAAAACCAUGACAAUGCACACGCUGAGGCUCCUGAGCUGUCCUCUGAGGUGUUCCGGAGCCCAAACCUGCAGCUUUUUGUGCUGAAUGACAGCACCCUCAUCUCCUACCUUCAGACACCGGCAGAAGGGCCAGGAGGUGGCUCACCGGGGAGCGCCCUAUCUGAUGUCAGAGUAAUUGUACGGGAUAUCUCAGGGAAGUACUCUUGGGAUGGAAAGGUUUUAUAUGGACCUUUGGAAGGCUGCUUAGCACCCAGCGGCAGAAAUCCUGCAUUUCUGAUUUCCAGCUGGCAUCCUCAAGCUUUGGGAGCUCAGAAAGAUUUUUCUCAAACUGAGGAGGGAGAAGAUGUCCUUGACAAAUUACUUGAAAACAUUGGCCAUACGAGUCCCGAAUGCCUUCUACCAUCACAGCUAAAUCUAAAUGAGCCUUCCCCACCCCCACGGGGAAUGACCCGUGACCAAGAGAAAGAAAUCAUUGAGGUCAUUUUGCACCAGAAUGCCCAAGAAGACGACUACAUCCAGAGGUGUAACUCUGACUCGGCCAUGAAAGUCACCAGCCAGGAGCAGCCCUCACCAGUGGAGCCGCGAGGACCCUUUUAUUUCUGCAGAUUGUUGCUUGAUGACUUGGGGAUGAAUUCUUGGGACAGAAGAAAGAAUUUCCAUCUGUUGAAGAAAAAUUCAAAACUAUUGAGAGAGCUAAAAAAUCUGGACUCCCGUCAGUGCCGUGAAACACACAAAAUUGCAGUGUUUUACAUUGCUGAAGGUCAAGAAGACAAGUGUUCAAUCCUCUCCAAUGAAAGAGGAAGCCAAGCAUAUGAAGACUUUGUUGCCGGACUUGGAUGGGAGGUGGAUCUCUCAACCCACUGUGGGUUCAUGGGUGGACUUCAGCGCAAUGGCAGCACGGGGCAGACUGCCCCUUACUAUGCUACCUCGACUGUGGAAGUGAUUUUCCACGUUUCAACUCGGAUGCCAUCAGACUCCGAUGAUUCACUCACCAAAAAGCUUCGUCACUUGGGGAAUGAUGAGGUCCACAUCGUCUGGUCUGAACACUCCAGGGACUAUCGCAGGGGCAUUAUCCCAACUGCCUUUGGAGACGUUUCAAUCAUUAUUUACCCAGUGAAGAAUCACAUGUUCUUUAUCGCGAUCACGAAGAAACCCGAGGUUCCAUUUUUUGGGCCUCUGUUUGAUGGAGCCAUAGUGAGUGGAAAGCUACUGCCAAGCCUUAUAUGUGCCACAUGCAUCAAUGCCAGCAGGGCCGUGAAGUGCCUCAUCCCACUCUACCAGAGCUUCUACGAAGAGCGAGCUCUGUACCUCGAAGCAAUAAUUCAGAACCACCGAGAAGUAAUGACGUUUGAGGAUUUCGCGGCCCAAGUCUUUUCCCCCUCGCCCAGCCCCUCCCUCGGCGGAACGGAUUAAAAUACAUAAAGGUCUCAUUGCCAUGAUUGAGCAAGGAAAGUCCAGAGCAAAGGCCCGGAGGAAAGACAUUCACAUGUCGAAUUGUUCACCAAAUAUCUCUACACUGGUGACACAGGGAGGUCAUCUGAGCCCCUUUCUGGGGACAUGGUUCCACAUGUUCUGAGUGCCACAAGUCCUUCUUGAAUCUGUGCUCACGAGGGUGCCAUGACUUGGCCUCUCUCUGCUUUCUUUGCAGGGCCCUGGCCACUAGCCUGAGUGCCUACCUCAUGGCGCCUUUUGACAAAGAGGAGAUGAAUGAGACUUCCCUAUUCCCCCACCCCGGACCCCCAAACUCAGAGACUCCAGAAACCAUCACUGCUCUGUUAGUGCUCUCCACACAUCUUCCCAUUAACAGACUUCCGAAAUUGAAGAUGAACCCACUGAAAUGUUGAAGGUUGGACUUUCUCACUCAGCUGUGCCGUCUUGCCCUAGAACCUCAUGAAACUUGGGCUUCCAAAGAAGAAAAAGGGAAAAUCACCAACAGCCAGAGACAAACCCAUGCUUGUGGGCAUUAGUGUGGCUGCUCCCGGGCAGGGACAGCAGGAGAAGAUGCUGGGCAUUGAGGGAAGGGGUGGGGGCAACUGGUUUCUGUACUCCCGAGUUGUUUCCUCUCAUUUAUAAACCCAAGUAUGAUUCACAGAAGGGCCAGCAAAAUAGCUGUCAAACUGAGGAAUUUUCUUAGCAUUGAUUUCACUAGUUCUUAUGUUAGGAUUUAUGGUUUACUCAAAAAUUUCGUCAUCAUGGAAAUUGGCUUUCCCUAGGGUCUUUUGCCCACAGGAGAAGUUUUAUCUGAGUUGCUGAGUGUUUUCCACCUGGUGCCUGAUGCCCACUAACCAGGGAGAGGUUUUCCCAACCAUCCUCCUGAAGGACCUCAGACGACUCUAGAAACAGGGUCCUGUCCCUAUGAAAGCUCCUUACAGUCAGGAAGCUUCCUGGGCCCAGCUUAGAAGAGCACCACGUUGACACACAGGCAUGCCCCCAUGCACGCACUCAACUGAGACGGGCUCCCCCCAACAACGUCCAUCAGCCUCCAGAAGCUUCGCCCUGCAAUUGUGCUCGCCUGCCCGCUGCUGAGAGAGGGCCAUGGCACAAUGGGUGCUUUCUACACAUUUGGCUCCAAGAAAGGCACGUUGAGCCUGUUUAAAAAAAAAGAAAUGAAAAGCCCCACCUUCCAUCUGCAUUUGCCCAGCAUUCUUGCUGGGGGUUUGAGGGUGUCAGCAACAGAAAAAUCAGUCAGUUCGGAUGACCUAUUUGGUCCUCUGCCUCUCACCUAGGUCUACAGCCUGUCUCCAGAGUAAGCCUGGGACUCAGAACAGGGGUGCAGCAGCCGCAGAGGCCCAGAGAAAGAUCAGCCAUAUGAGGGUGCUUCCCUGCCUCCCUUGACACUCUUCCUGUCUGCUGUUGUGUCCACUUGUGUUACCCCCAAUGGCUGUGGUCACCUUCAUGGGGAGUCCUCCAAGCCCCCUCUCUCCAUCAGAGUGGCCAUUUUCACUGAACAGUCAGUUCUCUCCAUCAGCCAUUGGCGUGGUUUGGCUGGAACCCAACCCUUGCAGGAGAAACAAGCAGGCACAGGAGUCAGACUUCCUUCUGGGACAAUGAGGAAGGAUUGAGAAAUUCCUACUCAAAGGAUAGACUUCCUAAUUCUAGAGAGAAUUUGCAUUUUGGCUUUGUAGAAGACCAUAAGUAGGGCAUGAGUUCCAGGCCCACAGAUGGAAGCAGCCUGGACGUCACCCGAACCUGAGAAAAACAGAAGUAAGCCUCAGUCACUGGGGGCUGUUCUGCAAACAGGUCCAAUUGGUUCACUCACUCUGGGCUUAAUGGCACUAUUGAGGGUGACUGGAAGUCAUGGCAUUUUCUGUUGUGUGGGCAAAUGCCACCAUUCUUAUCUUUCCCACUCCUGCCCCACCCCCAUACCUGUGUAAUGAUUUGGGCUUUCUGGUCGGCAUGGCUUGUCUCCGAUCACCCAGACUCAAGACUUGUGCUGAGCUGCUUCACUGGAUAUUUACCAAGUGCCCAGACCUCAUUCCUGCGGGGAAGGGCAUCACAUGUUCCUGGGCUCCACAGUCCCAGUUAGGCUCUGACAGCAAGUCGUUUCUGGGAGAACAUUUCAUUUCCAGGAUCUAGAAACCCCCUGUUGCAGAAUGCUUGGAUUCAGUUGAUGUGUCAAGACUUGGGAGUCACAUUGAACUCCAGUGGACUUCUGCUCCAGGCUUCCAUCUUACCUCCUGGAAUCAGUCCCCCUAACCUGCAAGUGGGAAAUUCAGUUGUAGGCAGCAAAUAACUAGAGUUCUUAUAAUCCCUACUGAUUUUAACAUCUCCAUGACCCCAGAUUCCAGCCAGCUGUCUGGGGGCUGGGGCUUCAUCUGAACCCACUGUUGUCAGCAACAGCCUUGGUUUGGAAUAGGGGACCAGGGAAUCUAGCAACCAGCUUUGCUUACAAUCACGUGAAUUUGAAUCGCUCUUGUUAUUUGGGGUGGAAAAUUGAAAUGAUCAAGUUCUUUUUUUUUU